UCCCCCACAUAUGGUUGGUCAGAAUAAACUGACCAAUAGUAUCAGCUCGUUGUGAACUCUUACUAUUGCCGCUAAAAGCGAACUCCUGUUAGAUAAUAAGGUGCCUCGUUACGGUUCAGUGCUUACUAUUUGUCAUGGUUAGCGCUUUCAAUUCGCGGUCACUGGUGAGUGGCGUAGGUUUUUGAAGAUCCACGAACGUUCGAAUGAAUUAACGUUAUUUACGGUCGGUUUCUAAGCCAGUGGAACUAUCUCGCUGGAAUUCGUAAUCUACCCUGCAUGUCCAGCAAGCAACUGUCCUGAAUGUUAGUGGCAUCACCAGAUUAAAAAAUGGGGAUCCAGGGGCUGUUGCAGUUCCUCAAAGAUGCCUCGGAGCCCAUCAGUGUGAGGAAGUACAAGGGACAGACAGUGGCCGUAGACACAUAUUGCUGGCUUCAUAAAGGGGCAUUUUCUUGUGCAGAGAAACUUGCCAAAGGGGAGCCAACUGACCAGUAUGUUACAUACUGCAUGAAAUUUGUGGACAUGCUGUUGUCUUUUGGUGUGAAGCCCAUCUUGGUGUUUGAUGGCUGCAAUCUGCCUUCAAAACAGGAGGUGGACAAAGCUCGCGGAGAGCGUCGUCAGGCAAAUCUGCAGAAAGGUAAGCAGCUCCUACGUGAGGGAAAGAUUUCAGAGGCCAGAGACUGCUUUACUCGCUGUGUUAACGUCACCCCUUCCAUGGCCCAUGAUGUCAUCAAGGCUGCAAGGACCAGAGGAGUGGACUGUGUGGUGGCCCCGUAUGAAGCUGAUGCCCAGCUGGCCUUCCUUAACAAGGCUGGCAUUGCACAGGCUAUCAUCACUGAAGACUCAGACUUAUUGGCGUUUGGCUGCAAAAAAGUGAUCCUAAAGAUGGACAAACAGGGGAACGGUCUAGAGAUUGACCAGAACCACCUGGGGCGGUGCCGCUCUCUGGGUGACGUCUUCACGGAAGAGAAGUUCCGCCACAUGUGUAUUCUCUCUGGCUGUGACUAUCUGUCCUCACUCUAUGGGAUUGGCUUGGGCAAAGCCUGUAAACUGCUGAGGAUGGCAAACAACCCAGACAUCAUUAAGGUGAUAAGGAAGAUGGGCCAGUACCUGAAGAUGAAUGUGGUUGUGCCAGACGAGUACAUUGACGGCUUUGUUAAGGCCAAUAACACCUUCCUCUACCAGCUGGUGUUUGACCCCAUCAAGAGAAAGGUGGUGCCUCUCAACCCCUAUCCAGAGCACAUGGACCCUGCCACCCUCAGCUACGCUGGCCGUAAUUUAGGAGAUUGCAAAGGUUUACAGGUGGCCCUGGGUAACCUGGAUAUAAACACCAUGGAGAGGAUUGAUGACUUCAACCCAGAUGCUACAAAUGUCAAGCCAGUGAAACCACGCAGUCGUGACUGGAAUGACAGCCAGGAGACUCGGGCCUCCACACACCCUAGCAUCUGGAGCAGAGGUUACAUACCAGGCACCUUCUCUGCCUCCCAGCCUGUGGGCUCUCCACAGAGGCCUCCUUCAACCAGGGGGAAGGAGAGGCUCAUCAGUAUGCAGGGGCUGAGGCUUCCUCACAAGAACACACAGGUUAUUAAGAGACCCAGAGAAGACUCUGGUGUUUCAGACCAGGAUGUGCUGCAGCAGUACUCUCCCUCCGGUCAGAAGCGGUCCAGAGGGGAGGAGGACCCUGGACCCACAGAGAGCCAUCACAUCUCCACAUGCCCCCAGCCCAGUGCCACUGCUGCCGCUACCCAUCCCAGACCACGCAACCGCUUCGCCACCCUGCUACAGAGGAGAAACCAGGAAGGAGGUGGAGAUGGGCAGGAAAUGCAAAGCAGGUUCUUCUGUAGUGGCAGCAGCUCCAGUGAGGUGGCCAGCCAGAAUCCGGAGUCUUUUGUCAAAGGGGAGGUGUCUCAGGAUGAGGUCACACAGGACCCCAGGGAGGACUAUUGUAUCGGGGGAAAUGCUGAUACAGAGGAAAAUAACUCUGUUGACCCUCAUAGCCCACCCCCCUCCCCUCUGUCUGCCAGUCAAGGGUUAGGGGUGUUCCGCUGGUCAGGCAGCUCCUCAGAGAGAUCCAGGACCCCGACACCCACAUCCGGCCUCUCGGCACUGCAGCAGUUCCAACGCAAGAAGGAAAGCUUCUCCUGGAGCCAGGAAGGCCAGAGAACUCAGAUGACCCCCGGAGCCCCAUCCCCUAUUCUGGGCAAAGAAGACAAGGAUUCACCACCAAACUCUCCACCGUCUCAGGACAGUGCCUACUUCUCUCAGCAUUACCACACUUCCUGCAAUGUUGUGGAAGUGUCCCCACCCACUCGGCUGGAGGAUGCCACCAGGCCUAAAAUUUACUCUAAGGAUUCAGACUCUGUCAAAAGCCCCAGUUCCUCUCCAACAGCAGAUGAAAAGAAAUCCAGCACAAUGAGACCGAAGGUGGCAGGUCUCCCGCGGAUGAAACCCGGUGACCAAGGAAAAGGGAAGAAGAUCCGACCCUCUGCCCCUGCCAGGGCCAGUGGCCUCCGUAAAAAGCCUGCAGGCCCUGGAAAGAAAGUCACCACCAACAAUGAGAACAACCCUGGCCUCCAGGCCACAAUCAGUGGACUCUGGAAAAACUUUGGUUUUAAGAAAGAAAAUCCAAAGAUAAACCCCUGUAAGAAAGGAGAGCCCAUGUCACCAGUGAAGGACAACGUGCUAGCCCUCACACCUGAAACGGACAAGGAUAUUUACUUAAUCUCCAGUGUUCAGAAAACCAUAUGCCUCUGAUGCCGAGUUUUAUAAGCCUUCGCUUUACAACAUACUGUGUAUGUUAAUACGUAGUGCAUUUUUAUGGACUAGAUGUAAUUGAUUUCAGUUUAAAUAAAUGCAACUUUCUUAAA